AUGGUAGGUGGGGCUGAGGCUCAAAAGGGCAGCAGCAGCGGCAACUCGUGGCUGCUGCUGCAGCAGCAGGCACCCGAGCAGCAGCAGCAGCAGCAGCAACAGCAGCAGCAGCAGCAGCAGCAAACUGCACAUGAGCAACAGGAAGAGCCAACCUCACAACCGCAACAGGAGCCUCCGCAAGCAGAGCAGCAACAACAACAGCAACAGCAACAGCAACAGCAGCAGCAGCAGCAGCAGCAGCAGCAGAACGGCGUACAGCGCAGCAGCAGCUACACCAUCGAGCACCCCAUUCGCUUCCCUUCAGAUCAGAGCUCUAUUACCACCUCCCCCCGCUCCUCUAGAGACAGAAUAAGUGUCUGGGAACUGCUGCAGCUGCAGCAGCAGCAGCAGCAGCAGCAGCACGGGCGCAAAUCGGAGCGGCGGAAAAAUGCUGCUGCUGCUGGAGCAGCAGCAGUAGCAGCAGCAGCAGCAACAAGUGCAACAACUUCAGACUCAGAGCAGCAAACGCCGCCUUCUAUCCCUUCCUUCCCCUCUUCACCUCGCCAGCAGGUCCCUGCAGCAAAGCAGCAGCAGCAGCAGCAGCAGCAGCAGCUACAGCAGCAGCAGCAGCAGCAGCUACAGCAGCAGCUGCUGCUGCAACGUGAAGCCGAACAGCAGCAAGAGGAACAGCAGCACGAGCAGCAGCAGCAGCAGCAACAGCAACAACAGUCAGAACACGAGCAGCAGCAGCAGCAGCAGCAGCUGGAUGAGGAUCAGCAGCUAGAGGUGCAGCCUGAGGCGUCUGUCUCCUCGGGCGAGCAUGCAAUAGAAAGGGAGGAGCAGCAGCAGCCAGCUGCAUCAGCAAUCAGCAGCAGCAGCAGCAGCAAGAGUAGUAGUAGUAGCAGCAGCUGUAGUAGCAGCAGCAGCAGUAGUAGUAGCAGUACCAGCAGGACCAGGGGCAACAGCAGCAACAGCAGCAGCAGCGCUAGCAGCAACAGCAACAUCAACAUCAUCAGCAACAGCAGCAGCAACAGCAGCAGCAGCAACAGCAGCAGCAGCAACAGCAGCAGCAGCAGCAGCAUUAGCGGAGAGCUAGAGAAGCCAAGCCCCUACGCCUCCCCUCAACCCGUUCUUUUUUCCUUUACAUUUCCACGUAGCGACACAGAGCAGCAGCAGCAGCAGCGGCGACGGCAGCAGCAGGAGCAGCAGCAGCAGCGGCAGCGGCAGCGCCGGAGUCCUUUCUGGGCUCCCUCUGCUGCACCUGCUGCUGCUGCACCUGUUACUGCUGCUGCUGCUGCUGCUGCUGUCCCUCACCGGCAGCGCUCCACCAGUUUAGAGGCACCUAGUAGGCAUACACUGCGCACUCCGCGGCUGCAGCAGCAGCUGCAGCAGCAGAUGCAGCAACAGCGGCUGCAGCAGCAGCAGCAGCAGCAGCACCUGUGGAAGCGGUGGCUGCCGCCGCUGCCUCCAGCUGCGCCUUUCCCUGGCAGCAACUGCACGUUUAGUGCUUCGCCUUGGAGCAGCAGCAGCAGCUGCAGCAGCAUCAGCAGAAGCAGCAGCAACAGCAGAAACAGCAGCAGAAGUACAGGAGUGCUGCAGCGGGGGCCUGAGCCAUUUGCUGCUCCAGCAGCAGCUCCUCCCACGGAAAGAGCAGCAGCAGCAGCAAGUGCAACGCAUGCAGAAGAGCAGCAGCAGCACCAGCAGCGGCAACAACAACAGGUAAAAUGCAGCAGCAGCAGCAGCAGUAGCAGCAGCAGCAGCAGCAGCUGCAGCAGAAGGAGCAGCAGCAGCAUGCCGGAUGUUAGUUGGGGAAUGCGCGACUCUUCGGCAGCAGCAGCAGCAACAGCAGCAACAGCAGCAACAGCAGCAACAGCAGCAACAGCAGCAACAGCAGCACGUUCUGCUGCUGCUGCUUCACUGCAGGCUGGUGAUGCUUUGACACUGGCAAAGCAGCAGCAGCAGCAGCAGCAGCAGCAGGAGGAUUGCAGCUUAGGAGCAGCAGAGACGGCAACGAGCACUGUCUGUACACCAGAGACUGUAGCAGCAGCAGCAGCAGCAGCGGCAGCAGCGAGGGUUGCGGUGUCUGCGCAGCAGCUGCUGCUGUCGGCUGGGCGUUCGUCUGAGUAUUUGCUGCAGCACCCGCAGCAGCUAGCAACUGAAACGCACGCAGCAGCAGCAGCAGCAGCAGCAGCAGAUACUGCCCAGCUGCAGCUUCUGCUGCAGCAUCUCCAGCAUCAGAUUCCCCCAGAGAAACUGCUGCCGCACCUGCUGCUGUGGUAUCGAGCCACCUGCAGCAGCAGCAGCAGCAGCAGCAGCGGCAUCAGCAGCAACAGCAGCAGCAAUUUGCUGUGGCGCUCGCAGGCAGCACUCGAAACCCCAGGCAGUGGACAGCAGCCCCAAGCAGCAGCAGCAGACGCUACCGAAGCAAGCACGCGAUCGGAAGCAGCAGCAGCAGCAGCAACAGCAGCAGCAGCAGCAGCAGCAGCAGCAGCAGCGGAGGGUGCUGUUGCUGAUUUGCUGCUGCCUCCCUGGGAUAAGCCGUUGCUGCAGACCCUUGCUGCUGAAGCAGCUGCUGCUGCGGGGCCUGAUGUUGCUGCUGCUGCUGCAUUUGCUGCUGCACUCCACCAGCUGCAGCAGCGGCGGAGCUGCUGCCCCCUCACUGUCUUCGCGGGCCUCCAGGACCUACAGGAAGCUGCUGCUGCAGCAGCACUUAGGAAGGUGCUUAUUGAUGCGGGCGUUAUGAGGGGACAGCUGCUGACGCUUUUUUUGCUGCUGUGGCUGGCCUCCCUUAGAGCCAUUCUAGACAGCAGCAGCAGCAGCAGCAGCAGCGAGAGCAGCAACAGUAGCUGCAGCGGCAACCACAGCAACAGCAGCAGACCAGGGGGGCCCCCUGGGCUUGCUGGCUGCCUGGUGCUGAUGCGCAGUUUGCUGCAGGUUGCUUCUGAAGGGGUAGACCCUGCUGCUGCUGCAGCAGCAGCUGCUGCUGCUUUCCCUGGCGGUGCCGACAAUGGCACCGACGCGCAGCAGCAGCAGCAGCAGCAGCAGCAGCAGCAGCAGCAGCAAUUGCUGCGAAGGGGAGGAGACCUCGCCCUCACAGAGAGCUGCUUGCGGGGUGCUGCAGCAACUCUUGUCACGUGCAUAGACACCUGCGGUGCAGGAACUUGGCUGCUGCUGCUGCUGCUCUUCGAAAGGCAGCAGCAGCAGCAGCAGCAGCAGCUAAAUCCAUUGGUGCUGCGGGGGGUGCAGAGGCUGUUGCCGUUCCUGAAGCGCUGCAGCAAGGCUGUGGCGGCUGCUAGAGGAGACAGUUUGUCUCCUUAUGCUGCUGCAGCUUGCUGCACAGAGGAGACAGCAGCAGACAAGCGCCCGUUUCACGCCUUUGCUGACGACCCUCCGCAGCAGCAGCAGCAACAGCAGCAGCAGCUGCUGCUGCAGCCUUUGGCUGCCGACAGGAUCUUGUCUCCAUUGUCAUCAGACGAGCAAAGAGCAGCAGCAGGGAGUACGCAAUCUGCUGCUGCUGCUGCUACUGGAGUUGCUGUAGAAGGGGAAGUGUGGGGCCCCUCACAGCUGCUGCAGCAGCUGCUGCAGCAGAUCCAGACAGCCUUGGUGAUGCAGCAGCACAGCAGCACGCACCGCAAGGAGAAGCAGCAGCAGGAACUGCACAGGCAGCUGCAGCAGCUAGUGCUGCUGCCGCCGCACGGAAGCUGUAGGUCUGCUGCUGCUGCUGCUGCUGCUGAUGGCUGCGUUCCGGUGUACCUGCACCCCGUUGCUGCUGCUGAUGACUGCAGAGGAGAAGCAGCAGCAGCAGCAGCAGCAGAAUCAGCUUGUAGGCCCUAUCGGCGCACCCUAGACAGACACAGCGAGGAGGAGUACUUCUACUGUGAGCAGCAGCAGCAGCAGCAGCAGCAGCAGCAACACCUGCUGCAUGUCAGCAAGAGCAGCAACGGCAACAGCAGCAACUGCAGCAGCAGAAGGCCCUUGUUUUUCACUUCGGUGCCGCAGCAGGCAGGCGACAUUGCAUCCUGCAUAGGAUAUAGCAGUGAUGCAGAUCGGUUUGCUGCUGCUGCUGCUGGCAAGGUGAGACAGCAGCAACAGCAGCAGCAGCAGCAGCAGCAGCAGCCAGUGCUCUGGGCUACCUGUGGUGACACUAGCAGCGAAGAGGGGCCCCCAUUCUCGUCGGGGGGCCCCCCUGACUUGGCGCAGCAGCAAAGAAGAUAUAGACGGAGAGGUGCAGCAGCAAACCCCUCGUCUGAUGCAGGCAGCACAGCCACCCAGCAGCAGCAGAAGCAGCAGCGGCAGCGGCAGCAGCGACAGCGACAGCAUUGGGCUCAGCCCGUUGGCGCAGCAACAGCAGCAACAGCAGCAGCAGCAGCAGCAGCAGCAAGCAGCAGCACGUCUGGGGCUCAUUCAGGUAUGGAGCACUCGGAUGCAGCAGCAGCACCCGAGGCACUUUCUUUUAUUCCUCUCAGCAGGUUUGCUCUUGCUGCGCUGCAGCAGCCCCACAGGUACCAGCAGCAGCAACAGCAGCAGCAGCAGCAGCAGCAGCAGCAGGGUGAGUCCUGGGGCAGCAGCAGCGCAGCAGCAGGGAGAGCGAGCGCCCUGUUGCAUGUCGGUCACCUCUCGCACCCAGCAGCAGGCAGCAGCAGCAGAAGCAGCAGCAGCAGAAGGAACACUCCAACACAAACACCAACGACAGAAGCAGCAACAACAGCAACAGCAGCAGCAGCAGCAGCAGCAGCAGAUGCAUUGCUUCUAGGGGGUCGCGGCCUGCACAUAGGCGGAAGAAGCAGCAAGACAAGACGAACCCCAGGGGCCCCCCCACAGGGGGACCCCCCAACAGCAGCAACAGCAGCAGCAGCAGCAGCAGCUGGAUCUGCUAGGGAGUGUAUUGAAAAAGUAUUUAGAAGAGAUGGCUUCUCCCCACAUCUUCAUCGGCGUAUCUUGCUGCUGCUUGCGCGGCAUAAGAAGAAGAGCAGCAGCAACAGCACCAGCAGCAGCACCAGCAGCAGCAGCAAGACAGACCUACAGAACAGUGUGACGGAACAGCAAAUGCAGCAACUGCAGCAGCAGCAGCAGCAGCAACAGCAACAGCACAUGCAGAAGCAGCAAAUGCAUCAGCAGAAAAUACAUCAACAGCAACAACAACAACACCAGCAGCAGCAGCAGCAGCAACAGCAGCAGCAACUGGAUCAGAAGAAACGGGGGCACCAGCAGCAGCACGUUCAGGGCGAACGCGGCAGCUCUGCUGCUGCAGCAGGUGCAGCAGCAAAAGGAAGCAAACCAGCAAAAACAGCAGCAGCAGCAGCAGCAGCUCCAGCAGCAUCACGAACUUCGCAUCGAAGAGCAUUUGCUUCUUCUGUGGGUGCAGACAGUAGAGGUGAAAGAGGAGAUACAGCAGCAGCAGCAGCAGCAACAGCAGGAACAGCAGCACGCGCAGCAGCAGGUACCUCCUCAGGCAAAGGCGUGCAGCCUGCGAGUCCCUCAGCAGCAGCAGCUGCCGCAGCACGCGUCCAGCAGCAGCAGCAGCAGCAGCAGCAGCAGCAGCAACUAGUUAAUUGGGCCCCUGCUGAGUUGGCGGGGAACCCCACCUUCUUCUCUGGGGUGUCUGCACACCCAGGGAACAGCAGCAGCUGGGGCAGCAACAGCCACAGCAGCAGCAGCAGCAGCAAACCGACAUACGGAGCAACAGCACCAGAAGCAGGCCCUCUGCAGCAGCAGCAGCAGUGGCCUUCGUUUCCGCAACAGGCGGCUCAAUUCGCAAUGCAGCAGCAUCAACUGCAACAGGAGCAGGACCAGCAGCAGCAGCAGCAGCUGCAGCAGCAGCAGCUUGUGCUGCAGCCUUUACCAGGUUGGGGGCCCUUUUCUUCUGCGUCUUGCGGCAGUGCUUACUGCAGCAACUCUGCAGCAGAGAUGACUUGUCAGUCUAUAGCGGUGCCUUGGGCCCCUGCUGCUGCUGUUUCUGCUGCAGCUGCUGCUGCUGGAGCGUAUCCCCAGCAGCAGCAGGAGCAGCCGCUCUACCUGCAGCUGCAGCAGCAACCUGUCGUUGCAUGUUGCCCCCUUCCCGUCAGCUACGGGUACUCUCAAGGGGAGCCGCAGCAGCAGCAGCUGCUGCUGCAGCAACAUCAGCAGCAGCAGCUGUUGCUGCAGCAGCAGCAGCAGCAGCACCUGGAGAUGAUGCAGCAUCAGCAGCAUCAGCAUCAGCAGCAGCAGCAGCAGCAAGUGUUUGCGCUGCAGCUGGAUAGCAGGCUGGAUAUGUCUUCUUGUGUUGAGGUCCUUCCUACCCGCAGCAGCAGCAGCAGCAGCAGCAGCAGCAGCGGGAGCAGCAGCAGCAGCAGCGGGAGUCCUGAGUUGCUGCAUGCGUUGCAGUGUCUGUACACUGAAAUGGCUGUUUCAAAGAGCAGCCGUGUUGACCCUUCAGGUGUAUUGCGAGCUCUGCCUUCGGGCAGACGGAUCCGCACCCCACAACAGCAGCAGCAACAGCAGCAGCAACAGCAACAGCAACAGCAACAGCAACAGCAGCAGCAGCAGAAGCAGAAGCAGAAGCAGAAGCAGCAAAAGGAAGGGGGGAGCAACAGCUAA